UCAGUAGAACGCACCUUCAUUCUCUCAUCGAUUGCAAAGGCCUUAGGUGUACCGACGGAAAGCAUCGAUACAUCAAAAUGCUUCAUUGGGCUCGGAGGACAUUCACUGUCGGCAGUCGAGGUACAACAUGCAUGCAAGCUCAUGGUUUCCAAACCUCCGACAGUAUUCACACUACUCACGUCACCUUCUAUCGAAGCGUUGCUGCCAAAUGAUGGCUCAUGCCAAGGCGACGCGCCUGCCAAGCCCGACCUUAUUUCGAGUGCAACAGUGGACGUGACCGAAUACUCACAACCGUCAACAAUACGGUCUGUUAGAGAUGACGAGAAUGCAGAGGAUGCUUUGCUAUCAGAGCAAUUAGGGACCAAACCACCGCCAGUCUCGAAUGAAGAGUCGACCCCGACAACUAGUCUGCAAGCAGCUUUUAUUCAGAGCAGGCAAAGUACGAUACACUAUUUUGAGACAUGGAGCCUCGAAGACCUGCCCUUCAUAACGUACGCCUGGAAGAGAGUAUUGGCUGUGGAGCCAAUGUUCUCUACUGGGUUUGAAGAGGUGGGCUACGGGAAAUAUGUCAUGUACAAACGCAAGUUUGAGUGCCCAUGGACCGAAGUAGUAACAUUUGAUCGCAAAACGUACGAAGAAGAACUGGCGCGAAGAGAGGGACAGAUAGAGCCGACUUUUGUAUUCAAGACUGUCGUGUACAAAGAAGUCGAGAGCAAGAGCAGCAGCGGCAGACGUCGAGAGAGUGAAGCUACCAUUGUACUUUCCAUUCACCACGCUCUAUUGGACGGGUUUGCUAUGGAACGUCUAGCGGUCAAGGUGCGGAGAGUAGCAGCGGGAGAAGUGGGAAUUAGUGCAGGAAAAUCCUUCUUGACGGCGUCCAAAGAGCUUGAAGCAUUGGGUAAGGAACAAAGCGAAGCGGCGACUCGGUAUUGGCAAAAUCGUGUACAACAGCAUCCAGGGGCAGCUACAGAGACUGGUUUGCAGAGACCAAGGGGACAAGUAGAAGCAGCAAAAGCAGCAACGAAAUGGGCAAUCAACCAAAAACAGAAGCGCAACGAAAUCAACGUCAAUUUUGAGCACUUAGGCGAGCCGCUGCGGGAAAGGUCCAAGGAGUUAGGCGUCACUGUGGCGGCCUUCUUCCAUGCAGCAUGGGCGGUUGUGCAAGCCACAUAUGCAGGUGCAAGUCAGGUCAAAUUUGGAACCAUUAUGAGCGGGCGAAACCUGCCCAUCGACGGUAUCGACACCGUCAUUGGCCCUAUUCUCAACUCACUGGCGUUCUAUGCAAACGUUGACGAUGAUAUCAUGACGGACGAGUUUGUACAGAAUGUCUUCGACGGAUUGGUGGAGCUCUCCUGCUAUCAAUGGAGUGCACCCGAGCAUGGCUUGGAUCGCGACUUCGAGGCAGCCCUGUCUGUCACACGGGGCAUAGACAGGGCGAGUGCUGGCGAGGAAGUGCAGCCACUCCGACCCGUGCAGUACGACUUUGAGAGUAGCAUUCCGCUCAGCCUAGCGCUCGAUGAGGCGACAAUGAGUCUGCGUGUUGUCUACCAUGCAGAUCGAUACGCUGCAACGGCAGUUGAGGACAUGGCCACGUGCUUUGCUACAGCACUGGGGCGGCUUGCAUACUCUACACGAAUGCACGAAUGCAAGUCGGCGUUGGUGACAGUGCCCAUGCAGAUGCGGCUGCAAGUCUUGGGAAACUGCAUAUCAGGCGCGACGACACGGGCUGCGCAUAUGCACAAGGAUCUUGUAUCAAUGCUGGACGUGGCCGCGCGCACCCACGCUGAGGCUGUGGCGGUCGAAGUCAGUAACCGACGCAUCACAUACGCUGAGCUACACCGGCUCGCGGCUCGCACCGCCACGGCCCUGAGCGAGGCUGGGGUCAAGGCUGGUGAGGUUGUGUGUGUGCAUGCGGAUGGGAGUUUGGAAUGGAUCGUGGGCUUGCUUGGUGCAUUGCAAGCCGACGCGGUGUUCUGCAGCUUGGAUGCUACUCUCCCCCACGAGCUUCGUCGUGAUAUGUUCCAGACGGCUGGCGGCCGUGUCUUUGUUGUUGGUUAUGAGCGUCAGAGACAGUUGAUGCCAGACGGGUGUGCCCACUUGGUUUGCCAGGAAUCGCUUCCUGCUGUCGUUCCAGCCGGUCGCCACCAUGCGGCCGACGGCGACGGAGAGGACGAACACACAUGCAAAAUCAACCGAAAGCGUACUCUCCGGCCGCUAGCUCCCGCGUACCUUUGCUUCACCUCUGGUUCCACCGGCCGUCCCAAAGGCGUCAUCUGCACUCACCAGGCCCUGGUUGCCUUCCAGGCCAAUGUCGAGGUACGCCUUCACGCAAACCCGGGCGUACGAAUCGCCCAAUUCAUGUCGCCCGCCUUUGAUGGAAGCAUCCAUGAGAUAUUCUCCGCCCUCUGCUAUGGCGCCACGCUCGUCCUACGCGACCCAGCCAUGUCGGCUGAUCCCUUUGAUGUCCUGCGCCGAGCCAAUAGUGCCAUCAUGACACCCUCAGUCGCCUGUUGUCUAUCGCCUGCGGAUUUUGCCAACCUCGAUACCGUGUACUUGGUCGGAGAGCAAGUCUCCCAUCCUGUCGUGAACAAUUGGGCAACCUGCGGCCGCAAGCUCUACAACAUGUACGGUCCCACCGAGGGUACGGGCGGCGCAACUAUAACUCGGCUCUACCCCACCCAGCCCGUCACCAUUGGCCACCCUAAUCCAACGUCGCGCCUUUACAUCCUAGGACGCAACGGUUGCUUACUCCCACCAGGUGCUGUUGGCGAAAUCCACAUCGCGGGAGUGCAGAUUGCUCUGGGCUAUGCCAACAUGCCUGAUCACACAGCCACCCGCUUUGUACCAGACUCUAUCUGUCCCGGCCUUGGCGAAACCAUGUAUCGCACUGGCGACUACGGCUACUGGGAUCACAAUGGCCAUGUCGUCUGCCUUGGUCGGAGAGACCGCCAGCUCAAGCUGCGUGGCUUCCGGCUCGAUCUGGACGAUCUCGAGACUCGCAUUCUCAAGGCGCUGCCACAUGUCAAAGCUGUCGCGCUCACAAGGUCUCAAAAAGGAGAUAGCCUUGUUGCUAUGGUUCGGCCGGCUACCUUGUCCCCAGAUGCAGUCAGGAACGCCAUACUGCAAAUCCUGCCCAAGCCAGCUGUGCCCUCUAUUAUUGCUUGUGUCGAUGUUUUCCCUCUGACCCGUGCCGGCAAAGUCGAUGCGCAGGCAAUUGCAGCCAGUCUUGCUGCUCAUUGA